AUGAAGCUGGCUGCUGGGGGAUGUGUGAUCACCUGCAAGUCCGGGGUGAGAUCAACUGCGGGCGUCGUUCUCGAGGAAGAGUCUAAAACUUCCACCAGAGCCUUUACAGCCAACAUCAUGAGUUGGCUUGGAUUCAUCUGUUUUCUUGCCAUGUGCUCGUUCGUGCUUCCAAAAGCGAUCGCCCUAACGGAAUCUUUGGAGUAUAGCAGCGUUGUAGUUUUUGGAGCUUCCUAUUGCGACAACGGACAUCCCCGAGAAAGCAAGUUCUCCUCGAGACUCCGGCAACCACCCUAUUAUCAGGGCCGCUGGUCUAAUGGCCCAGUUUGGGUUGAACACAUCGCUGAAGUCAUGGGUAUUCCGUUAUACAACUAUGCCUACGGCGGCGCGACAGCCAAUAACGAGCUUACCAACAGCGGUGUCCCAGAUACGCGGUCCCAGAUACAAUACUACAAAAACGACAUUGAAUCAGGCAAAAUCCAUAGAGGCCGCGGAAGGGUCCUCCACCUCACAUGGGUGGGUAUAAACUCCAUUCAUCACAUUUGGCAUGCGGGCGAAGGUGUGGAAAAAGCAAUCCAUGAAGCCGAUGAAGUCAGGAGACAGGUUUCCUCUCUCCUGAGUGAUCCAACCAUCAACAGUCAACCAUCCGAAUUCCAUGUGCUUACCUUGCCACCCCUUCAGAUUGUCCCCAAUGACGCUUUUGCUGGCCCUAGUCCGGGUUGGGGGUAUGGACAAGUGAGCAUAAAAAUGCUGACUGAAGCCUACAAUAAGGUCAGCCUCUCAAUCAAAGAAUAA